AUGGCAAAAUCAUAUUUGAAGAGUGAAUUUCACAUGUUAAUGGAGAAAGUGGAGGCAGUUGAUGCUAGAGUGAAGAAUUACUUGGAAUUGGCAGGUUACGAUAAGUGGGCUAGAUCGUAUGGAUCCUUUCAUAGAGGAUGGACUUUGACUUCAAACAUUGCCGAGUCCAUUAAUGUUGCGCUGGUUUCAACUAGAGAACUACCAAUAUAUAAUUUUCUGGAGGAAGUUAGAUUGAUGUUUGGAAGAUGGAACUGUGAAAACAGACAACAGGCGUUGUAUACUUUUACGGAUCUUAUUGGUAAAUUUCAAGAAAUUCUUCAACAGAAUGAAGCGGAGUGUACACGUAUGAAGGUUAUACCUGCAUCAGAGUACAUCUAUACAGUCCACGACAAGGAGAAACAUUUUAUUGUUUGUCUUAAUGAAAAAAAAUGUUCUUGCAAUGCAUUUCAAUUGGAUGAGAUAUCGUGUGUUCAUGCUUGUACAGUUCUUGAUAGCAAGAAUUUCAAGAAGGGGCCAUAUUGCUCUGAUCUAUACAAGCCAAAAAACGUCCUGAGAACAUAUGAUCUUUCAAUUUAUCCACUACCACACAAAGAUGAUUGGGUGAUUCCAAAGAAAAUUAUGGAUGAGAUUGUUCUGCCGCCGAAAUACAAGCGACCCCCUGGAAGACCUCCGAAGAAGGACCGUGGAAAAUCCAGACGAGAUAUGUUUGGAAAGAAGAGCAAAAAUUGUCGUAGUUCAUGUGGUUUAAAAGGUCACAAUAGGCGUUCAUGUAGGAAAUACAACAAAUGA